GGUAAAGUUGGUAAGGUGACAACCGUGCAUGGUACUGAUAUGGUAACUGUUAGCUUUGGAUUACAAAUGUGGGGAUUCAAUCCAGCAUGCUGCGUACCAGCCUCCGAGUCCGAACUGCCGUCAGAUAUAGAUAUACCGGAAUUGAAAGAUCUCCAUUCAACCGGCGAUAUUCUUAAACAUAUGCAACAGAAAUUGGCGGCAGCAAUAGGUUUACCAGAUGGCCUUCUUCAAACAAAGAUCAAAGUAUAGACAAUGUCUUUUGAAGGAGAGGGGUCAAAGGAAUUCUUAGAGGCAAUUCAAGAUUCAAAUGUGGAGAAAGUCAAGAAGGUUUUUGGAAAAUUUCCUAAACUAGCAAAUGGGCGUCCAGAGAAUGGCAUCACUUGUCUGCACGUUGCUGCUAAUAAAGGGAAAUUGGAAAUUGUCAAGUUUCUCGUGGAAAAAGAGUUUGACAAAGAUGCCAAAGACGCAUCGGGUGACACACCUCUCCUAGAAGCAUUGAGCGGAAAACACGUAGACGUUGCUCGGUUCCUAAUUGAAGCUGGCACUGAUUUGGACAUCAGCAACGAUAACGGCCAAACGGCAAUGCACUAUGCAGUGCGUGCUGGAAAUCCAGCUGUUGUUCGGGAUCUGAUCGUGCGAGGUUGUGACGUCAACGUCACGGACAAUACUGGUGACACUCCUCUUCAUGAUGCCAUAGGUCAAAACGAAACCAGCUGUGCCGAAAUUAUUCUCACGUCGCCAAUCCUCGAUUUGACUAUUGCCAAUGAGAGAGGGUUUAACCCUCUUCACUGGGCUGCGUACCAUGGAAAAACUGGUGGUGCUCUGUUUGAGAAAAUCUUACAGAGAAACAAGAAUCUCCUGGAGGUGUGUAUGGAGCAAGGACCCACCCCACUCCAUAUUGCAGCCAUAAACGACCACGCAGAAGAAGUGAAAAUACUUAUUAAAAAGGGUGCAAACGUGAAUGUCAAAGAUACGGAGAACGAAGCAACCCCAUUACAUCUCGCUUGCUCACAUGCCUUUAUAGGUGCAGCUAAGAUCCUAGUGGCCGCAGGAGCCGAUGUUAACAUGGGCGAUGUUAACAAACGAACACCUCUACACGUAGUGAUGGGAUCGUCUGAAGAAGUAACAGAUGACUCAGUAGGAGGUGUUAUGGGAGACUUGCUGAAGAAGCUGGUGAAAACAACUGUUGGCAGUAAACAGAGUCGUAUUAAACUGGCCACCUUCCUGUUGGAACACGGGGCAGACGUCAACGCCAGAAACAAAGACGGAAAAACACCUGUUGAUGUUUGUACUGAUAAAACGCUCAGAAAAGCUGUUGAAAGUUUCAAGAAGGAAAGCAGUAAACCUCCCUCAUUUGCGAAAGCUCUGCUGUGUUCCAAGUGUUUCACACGCACCGCUGACGUCACGUUGUUGCCAUGUAACCACAUGAUGACGUGUCGAGAAUGUCAUAAAUGGGUGUCUACUUGUCCACUUUGUGGAGGGAACGUCACAAAAGCUGUUGAAGAAGAUGCCGUCGAGAUAGCUGUAGCCCCGUCUCUGGACUUAACUGAGAAAUAAAUGAACCGCGCAAGAAAACCCCACCUAACCUCUUUAGGUUAGCAGAAAAGGGAAGAAGAAAAAAUUGUUAUGUUAUGUCCACAUACUUGUCACUGGCGUAGGAAACGGUGUGUGUGUGUGUGUGUGUGUGUGUGUGUGUGUGUGUGUGUGUUGGCAAGGAGGGCAUGUGCACCCUCCCCCCACUUUUCAGAUAUUUUGCUUUAUAAUAGUGUAAAAGUGUGUAAAUAUAAAAGUGCACCCACCCCCCACUCCCACUUUUUGGCACCUUCCUAUGCUUGUGAUUGUGUAUUUUAAA